AUCACUUUCUCCAGCACGGCUGUCAUGGCGCUGACGAGGCCGAGGACUUCUGCGGCGUCAAACUUUAAUUUCGGCUCGAUUUGGAAUAUCAGCUCUUAUAUUUGCUCUCUAAAAUCUUCUUUCCUCGACGAGUGCACGCUUUGAUGAAAUCCUCAUUCUGAACUUGACCACCAGUGAGACACAGUGAGAGGAAAGAUGGAGAAACCAGUUCUCCAGACGCAGCCGUCCACCCUACCUUUUUUUGACUCUUCGCACGCCUUCAACCUCCUGAGAGGAAUCCAUGAGCUUCGAGCUGAGCGGAAGUUUUUCGAUGUGACUUUAUGUGCCGAGGGGCGGGAGUUCCACUGCCACCGCACUGUGUUGGCUGCUGCCAGCACCUACUUCCGUGCCAUGUUCACCGGGACGUUGAGGGAAAGCGUAAUGGACAGAGUGGUUCUACACGAGGUGUCAGCUGAGCUUCUCGGCUUACUGGUGGACUUUUGCUACACGGGUCGGGUCACGGUCACUCAGGACAACGUGGACCUUCUGCUGAAGACGGCCGAUUUGUUCCAGUUCCCCUCGGUGAAAGAGGCCUGCUGUGCGUUUCUGGAGCAGCGUCUGGAUGUCUCCAACUGCUUAGAAAUACAAGACUUUGCAGAGGCUUACGCUUGCAGGGAGCUGGCGACUAGUGCACGCCGCUUUGUCCUAAAAAACAUAAUGGAGUUGGCGAAAGGAACAGACUUUGAGCGGUUGCCAUGGAAGCGUCUAUUAGAGUUUGUGUCUGACGACGAGCUUUGCGUGGAUAAGGAGGAGACGGUCUACCAAAUCGCAGUGCGUUGGGUAAAGGCUGAUCUGCAGCGACGGCUGCAUUACUGGCCCGAACUCCUCCAGCAGGUCCGCCUCCCAUUCGUCAGGCGGUUCUUCCUCCUGGCCCACGUGGAAAGUGACCCGCUUGUCUACCUGUCACCCACCUGCCUCCGCAUGGUGAACGAAGCCCGCAGCUUCCAGUCCUGUGAAUACGACCGCCACGACAGGUCGUGCCACCGCAUGCGGCCUCGCCCCUCUACGGGAUUGGCGGAAAUCCUGGUGGUGGUCGGAGGCUGUGACCAGGACUGCGAUGAACUGGUCACUGUGGACUGUUACAAUCCUCAGACUGGACAGUGGCGCUACCUGGCCGAAUUCCCCGACCACCUUGGAGGAGGUUACAGCAUAGCAGCCCUCGGAAAUGAUAUGUAUGUCACAGGAGGUUCUGACGGCUCCCGCCUGUACGACGGCGUGUGGCGCUACAAGUCCAGUGUAAACGAGUGGACGGAGGUGUCGCCCAUGCUGAAGGCCCGCGAGUACCAUAGCUCGUGCGUGCUGAAAGGCCAGCUGUACGUGGUGGCGUCAGACAGCACCGAGCGCUACGACCAGGCUCUGGACUGCUGGGAGGCCUUGCCGGGCAUGCUGCACGCCAUGGACAACUGCUCCACGACGGCGUGCAACGGCCGCCUGUACGCCAUAGGUUCUCUGACCGGCGAGGAAACCAUGGCCAUCCAGAGCUACGACGCCGACACCAACCGCUGGACCAUGGUCAACUGUGGACAGCUGCCUCCCUGGUCCUUCACUCCCAAAACAGUGACCCUCAAUGGCCUCAUUUACUUUGUUAGGGAUGACUCGGCGGAGGUUGAUGUUUACAAUCCACAAAAGAACGAGUGGGACAAAAUUAGCCCCAUGAACCAGGUCCACGUCGGAGGCAGCGUGGCAGUCCUGGGCGGUAAGCUGUUCGUAUCCGGCGGUUACGACAACACGUUCGAGCUGUCGGACGUCGUGGAGGCGUACGACCCGACAAACCGUGCCUGGACGGUGGCCGGACGGCUCCCCCAGCGGACCUUCUGGCACGGCAGCGUCAGCAUUUUCCGCCAGUUCAUGCCGCUGGUGGCCAGCUCGUUUGAACCCACCGACACACCCGAGUCCAACGCCAUACACCUCCACCGACACCAGCGGCACCAAGCGCUCCACAACCUCAACAACAAUCUGAACCAGAACCAGGAUGUAAACCCAGCGCAUUGAUGCGGUCAUGCAUGCUCACCGUGUUCUCUCUUUGCAAAAGUAUUAAAUCUUAGAGUAUUUUGAGUUUAGUUUUUAGUGCAAAUAUUUUAUUACACGUGAAGUAAGACAAAACUAACUUACAAGUAUAACCUUUCAGCAAGAUAUGACUUUUAAGUAAAUUAUUUCUUAAUAUUGAUGAUAGAAAUAAUCUGCUGGUGGAACUCGUAUGUUUUCAUCCAUAGUAACGAAUUGCUGACUAAGCUCUUAUUCAAAUUAAAGUACACUUUAAUAAUCCCAAAGGGAAAUAUUGUAACUCAUAUAAAUUCAAAAUUCUUUAUAACAGGCUGAAAAUUUACUUCCAAGUUAGUUUAGUCAGUGCAAAUACCUUAGAAUACGAAAUCAAAAAGAUGUUUCGGAAGUUUACCUCAUUGCUGCAAGGAUUGGUGGGAAAUCUCGAUUGGGAAUGAUGUAAUUGCUUGGUAUUGAUUAGAUAUGAUGUGUUGCUGCUCAAUAACUAUGAGAUGGGUUAUAGAUUUUGAGCUCUUCUACCGGUACAUCUUGCCUCUGACAGAGUGAAGGAACAGCAGAAGGAUGAUUGUGAAAACAGUUAAAAGCACUUUAACUUUUAACAAUCAUAUUAUUUUCUCAAUAAGCUCCAAAUAAUUUUAAACAUUUUUCUUGUGAAAGUGCUGAAAUAAUCUCUGUUAUUUAGACCAUGGUGUGUGUAUCAUCACACUCUAAGGUACCUGGAGUUUUUUUUUCUUUUUUCUUGACUCUAAUGCAUGAAAGAAGACUGCAUAUAAUUUAAAAACAUAAUCCACAUUAUUUUCCUUACAUGUUUUUUUAUUUAUCAUCACAGUGUGCAUCUGCUAGGGAAAUAGGUCGAGAUUUAUAACAUUAGCAUCAUUUGAUGUGCAGAAAAGCUUUGAAAUGAUUGGGUAACAUCCAACCUAUAUGUAGUUUUACCCAUUGUUCAAAACUGCUUAAUUUUUGUUGAUGCAUGGUUUCUGGUGAUUUUCAGCCCUCUUGUGGAUUUUUCUUGUCACUACCUGGGGUUAGAGACAAUUAAUUUGUGCUGUCUAAUAUUUUUUACUCUUUUUCUGUGUAUUGAUAGGCAACUUUGAGUUUUAGAUAAGCUGUUUGUAUGCCUUUAUAAAAGGGUGAAACUCUACUAAAGAUACAGAUUGGACUUUUUUGUUUUCACUUUGACCUGCAGAUAUGUUUUCACUGCAGUUCCCAAGUAUUCAAGAUCACAACUGCAUAGAAUCACAUAAAACUAAUGACCUUCAUGAAAUAUAUUUGUUGUUUCUGGAUAUCUCAUGUUCCAAAGCAUCCAUGUGCAUUUUAGGAUUCUUAGGUUUCUUUUGCAUUCAGAUGCAUUUCCAUUUACAGAUCAAAAGCUUUAACUCAUGUUGUUAAAAAGAUCUGGGGACUUUAAGGGUCGGGGUAUAUUGUGGUUGACGCAGGAUUUUGAGAUUUGCUGCCGAUUCAGUUUGUUUUAAACGCAGUUCUAAAUUAGCAGCAUUUUUCUACAUGGAAAUUACAAUUAAUCCGAAAUUUGCUGUUAAAUGUUUACAUUCCCUAACUGCUCUUAAGUUUCACAACAGACUUGCAUUUCUUCUGUUCAGUGUGAGAAAUUAGUAAUGGUCUGAAGGACUCCAGCUUGCAGUGUUGACUUUUAUUUAGAUGAUCUGAUUCUAGUUUCUUGGUUAUACAUCAAUCUUCGAAUGUUCAGGUGAAUUGUGCAUGAAAAACUUUCCUUAACCAAAUAUAUAUAAAUAUAUAUAUUUAUAAUUCUCUGGUUUCUGUGCUUAUUUAUGCAUCUAGUUGUAUUGUGCUGGCUUGUAAUGCAUUUCCAACAAUGUUGACUGGAAGUACAAAUGAAUCUCAGUUUGAAAAAAAUGUUUUUGCUUUUAAGUAUGCAGUUUUUGAAGUGUUUUGUGUUGUAAAAGUUUUUAGUUCUCAUAGUUUUGUGAAGUUGAACCAGUGUUGUAAAUACAGCAUAUUUUAAAGAUA